AUGUUGAACCAUUCAGCCGAAGAAGAUUUUUUGACAGAGGACGCCAACAUGACGCUGAACAAAACGUGGACGGUGGCUUCAGCGUGCACGGGUCUGGCAUCAUGCCUGCCUUUCAUCACAGUGGAAGUCAGCCUGUUAGUUGCGACGAUUGUUGGCAACAGCCUUUUCAUUGCAGCAUUUGCAAAGUUUAAGGAACUUCGAGGGCCAACAAACUACAUCUUGAUGAGUCUCUCAAUUGCGGAUCUAGUCACUGGCCUCGUUGGCAUGUCAAUACACAUAGUCACUGUGUAUUUCGUUGACAACUUACCCGGGUUACGUCAUCUCGCAUCCGAAAAAUAUUUUUGUCUGUUUAAGACUGCCACUGGAUCCGGCCUGAUACUUAUAUCACUUUUUCACCAAACAUUAAUUGCAUUUGACAGAUACUUUAAGAUCUGUCGACAUGUCCAGCACGUAAAACUAUUUACCAAAAAGAGACUGACCUCGGCCAUAGUCUUUACAUGGCUGUACGGGGUGGCCCUCUCCAUCCCUCCUUUGUUUGGCUGGAAUGAUUGGUCCCCAGAUAAAGAGUGCAAGGGUAAUAUAAUCAAUCCAACACACAUGCGAUUCUUGGUGACGCCGCACCUGCCAAUUUGCCUCUUGAUAACAUUGGGGUGUUAUUGCGCCAUAUUUCGACGCGUCCGUCAUCAAAGACAGAAUAUGAAGAAAUACGCUACCAGUCCCAGUCCCAACCCAGUGAACAGCAUUCAGAUGAAUAUGCCGGGUACCUCUACCGCGCAGACAGAAAACCAGACCAAACAGGAGAGAGAAGAAUUUCGAGGAGGAAAAGUCCUGUCGGUCAAACCUGAGGAAUCCAACUCAAAAGGAUCAUUAGAUGAAAUGCAAGUCAAAGUGGCAAAAAUGACUGCCAUGAUAGUAGGUACGUUUACUUUGUUAUUCAUUCCUUACACGCUACUGUUGGCGUUUGAUAGAUACAUUGUUAACAAUAGAGUGACCUUUCAUAUUAUUUUUAACAUAUCAAUCGAACUGGUGAUGCUUAGUUCAGUCACCAAUCCCUUGAUUUACGGAAUUUUGAACAAACGUGUCAGAAAAUAUAUGAUUGGGGUAUGCCAAUGCAAGCCCGUAGAGUAA